CGCCGGAAGCAGAAGUCUCAACUGUAACUGAAAAGCGUAAGAUGGAGAAGUACGAGAAAGUCAUUACAAUAGGAAGGGGUGCAAGUGCAGAGGUCCUAUUAAUGAAUAAUUUAGAAACAAAAAAGUUGUAUGCUGUCAAGAGAAUAAAGAUUGAUCCUUCACUUAAGACUAGAACAAAAGAAGCUGUAAUGCAGGAAGCAACUAUUUUGACCAGACUCAAGCACCCUCACAUUGUCACAUGUCAUGAAUACUUCAUCGACCAAGAAGAGUAUGUCUUCAUUGUACAAGAUUACUGCGAUGGUGGCACUUUGGAUGAUGUAAUCCAAUCUCAAAAAAAGAAUGAGUACUUUGCUGAGAAAGAUAUUAUGCGGUGGUUUGUUCAGUUAGUUAUGGCUAUUCAAUACAUUCACUCCCUGAAGAUUCUUCAUCGAGAUAUUAAAACAUCCAAUGUCUUCCUUACAAAGAAAGGGACAGUUAAACUCGGGGAUUUUGGGAUUUCGAAAGUGAUGACACAUACUUUGGAUAUGGCAAAUACCUGUGUUGGCACACCGUGCUAUUUGAGCCCUGAGCUCUGUCAAGAUAUUCCCUACAGCUCCAAGUCUGAUAUCUGGGCACUUGGUUGUCUUUUAUUUGAACUUUGUGCUUUGGAACCUGCCUUUCAUGCAAAGAACCUCUUAAGUUUGUUUUAUAAAAUUGUGAAGGGAGAAUAUGCCUGUGUACCGAACAACUACUCAGCAAACAUGCAUGUUUUGAUCAAAAGCAUUCUCAAUAAGCAUCCUGAAGAGAGGCCUAGUACCAGCACAAUCCUCAAAAUACCUUACGUCCAAGAACACCUCAAGUUCUUCAUUAGAGAUCAGGAAUCUCAGCUUACAAAAUAUCAUUCUGUGAAACAUUUACAUUUAGCGAAGAAGGAAGGUGAUGAGAUCACUGAUGACUUCCAUGGAUCUCUAAGUCUCUCUGAAGAGGGCAUGUGUGCUAGGAACAGUAAAGCAGUCUCAACUUCACAUUGCCUUAGUGAUAAAAAGGUAGAAGAGGUGGAUUUGGAGGUGUGUGAAAAUGUGGGGCCCAGUGAUGAAGAAGAUAAAUGUAAUUAUUCUGACGAUUUUGAUCAGGAUAGUUUGUCCUCAACGGAAGAAAUAUCAGUACCACCUUCAAGUGUUGCAACCUCCGAAGAAACUGAAGCCACUGAUGAGGUGGACUGCGUAGAGUACCCUGAUGAUUUUGAGGAGUGGGAGGAUGAUGUUGCUGAGAUAGUAUGUAAUGCUCGCUGUGCUAUGGAAGUUGAAGCAAAUAAUGAAGCAUUUCGAGAAGAAAGACACUGUCAAGAAGAAGCUGCUGUCAAUCUGUCCACUACCAUUAAGACUCUGCGCGAGAAGUGUUUAGAUGAUAUUGGUCAGACCAUUUUCCAUGAAGUAGCUUCUCAAUUUCUGAAGGGUCUGACACCUGAAGAUCUCAAACCACAGUUCGAACAUCGUUUGGAAUCAGAUCAUUUAGAGACUUGCUACAUUAUCUUCAACAUGGAUCAAGAAAGUGCUUGAGUCAAUGUGUAACUGAAAAUAUGAACUAAGUCAUAAAUUUUCGUUUGUUUUCCAAAAAAAAUCACUAUUUGAAUUGUUUCUGCCAGUACAGAUGUUUGAUGAACACCUCUCUGUAUAUUACUAUUGUUAAGUUUCUGACUCUCUGUCGCAAUCUUUUGUCCAUAUGCAGUACUAACUAACAGGAACAGUAUCUUUCCUUAUCUUUUGAGCAGUGAUGUUGUGGCUUGCCCAUCCUUUUGUAAUUAUUUUGAUACAUUUGACAAAAAUAUUGUAAAAGUGUUCCAAAAGUAAGAGACACAUUACAUUUUAAUUUUUUUGUUGUUGUAUUUCUCUUGGAUUUUGUUUGGAAUUGUUUUCCUUCUCUUCUAAGUACAUGUUGCUCCUAACUGUUGACAUCUACCUUAACGUAUCAUGCAAAGAGACUGACAUGGUAGGAAAUCCAUAGAUGGUUCAACAGUAUAAUUUUUCCUUUGUUGUUUGAAAAAGCUACACACUAUUGGCUUACUCUGCAAAUGACACUGGACUUAUUUGAAGACUAAAGUAUUGCAAUGAAAAUAAUUUAAUGUUCUGGGCGGACACUUUAAAAAUAGAAUGAAGGCUUUCUUCCUUCCAAUGUAUUUUAUGAAGGCAAAUUUAGAUGACAUUUUUUUAUCAUAUACUCUUAACUUUAUAACAAAAAAACUUCUGAUAUGUCUAUAACCUUUACUGUGGGCAGGGACUCAGUAUCCCUUCCCUGCUGGGCUAUUCUCUACGAAUUCCAGUUUUGAAAAGUCUGGUGGCUGCUUUGGAGCCAAGCAAUCCUGACAAAUGAUAAUACAGCUUUGGAAACUUAGGUUUCCUGUGAAUUGCUACAAUUGGGGAAAGGGCAGAAAUGCACUUUGGAGUGUCUUAUUGGCCCAUUUGAAGUUAGUACUAUUAGAUUAGUAAUAUUAUUUGUGCAGACAUUUUUAAAAAGUCAAAUGACCGUAUACCAAGAGUAUUUUAAAAAUCUUUCAGUACUUUAAAUAAAAAGGUAAAAUACUUUGAACAGAAAGUACUUUCCCCCACUUCCCUUGUUUUUUAUUUUUCCUUUAUUGUAUAAUGAGUCGUGUAGUAUAUUCCUGCAUUAUCCCUGACCUCUUGUACCUGGGUGCAAAUUCGCCACAGACCUUUGACACAAAAG